AUGAGUGGCGGACGACGGAGCCACACAGCAUCUGUAUUAUCAAAUGGAAAAGUAUUAGUUACUGGUGGUGCACCCCUUGGCUAUGGAUCUAUAAACAGUGCUGAGCUGUAUGAUCCAUCAACAAGUACUUGGACAACUACUAGUAAUAUGAUUACUGCACGAGAAUCUCACACAACAUCUGUAUUAUCAAACGGAAAAGUAUUAGUCACUGGUGGAUACAAUGAUAAUUUUGGUGUUUUAAAUGAUGCUGAAUUGUAUGAUCCAUCGACAGGUGCUUGGGCAACUACUGGUAACAUGACUAAUGCACGAUCUUGGCAUACCGCAUCUGUAUUAUCAAAUGGAAAAGUAUUAGUUACUGGUGGAUGGAAUAUUCUUUUUUAUUUAAAUAGUGCUGAAUUGUAUGAUCCAUCUACAGGUAUCUGGACAACUACUAGUAACAUGAUUAAUGCACGAUCUUAUCACACAGCAUCUGUAUUAUCAAAUGGACUAGUAUUAGUUACUGGCGGGUGGAAUGGGAAUAUUGCUAUAAAUAGUGCUGAGCUGUAUGAUCCAUCAACAGGUACUUGGACAACUACAGAUAGCAUGACUGAUACACGAUUAGUUCACACAGCAUCUAUAUUAUCGAAUGGAAAAGUAUUAGUUACUGGUGGAUACUUUAGUGCCAAUAGUUUAAAUAGUGCUGAAUUAUAUGAUCCAUCAACAGGUGCUUGGGCAACUACUGGUAACAUGACCAAUGCACGAUCUUGGCACACAGCAUCUGUAUUAUCAUAUGGACUAGUAUUAGUUACUGGUGGGUGCAAUGGGAAUAUUGCUAUAAAUAGUGCUGAGCUGUAUGAUCCAUCAACAGGUACUUGGAAAACUACAGGUAGCAUGACUGAUACACGAUGCCGUCACACAGCAUCUGUAUUAUCAAAUGGAAAAGUAUUAGUUACUGGUGGGGGGAGUAAUAGUGGUUUGUUAAAUAGUGCUGAAUUAUAUUAA